UCAGGCCGGGCCCGGGCGACGGAGCCGGGGAGCAGCAGCAGCCCUGCCCAGAUCGGCGGCGGAGGAGGCGGCGAAGGCAGGCGAGCGAGCCAUGUCAGAGUUCCAGAUUUCGGUGGAAGAGCUCAACGACCUGCUGGCCAACGGCAGCGGCUGCUACAGCCUCCCCAGCGCGCACAGCAACGAGGUGGUGCCCCGCAUCCACGUGGGCAACGCGUUCAUAGCCAAAAAUAUCAUGCGGCUGCAGCGCCUGGGUAUCACCCACAUCCUGAACGCAGCAGAGGGCAAGUCUUUCAUGCACGUGAACACAAAUGCUGAAUUCUAUGAAGGAACUGGCAUCACGUACCAUGGCAUCAAGGCCAAUGACACUCAGGAGUUCAACCUUAGCCGCUACUUUGAGGAAGCUGCGGACUUCAUUGAAAAGGCACUUGCGCACAAAGAUGGCCGGGUCUUUGUCCACUGUCGCGAAGGCUACAGCCGCUCCCCAACACUGGUCAUCGCUUACCUCAUGCUCCGGCAGAACAUGGAUGUCAAGUCCGCCGUCAGUGCCGUCCGUCAGAAGCGGGAGAUUGGUCCCAAUGAUGGCUUCCUGAGACAGCUCUGUCAGCUCAAUGAGAGAUUAGUGAAGGAAGGGAAGCUGAAGAAACCGUAGCAGGGGCCCGGCUCUGUUCCCACUCUGCACACCCUCCCUAGAACUCUUCUGUUAGUAUUAUUUUCUGUUGACAGCUCCAACUGCCAGGCUGCCGAGGAGGCAGGAGAAACGUCCUGCUUCAUCCACUUUGGGCCAGGAAGGGGCUGGUAUUUCUUUAUUUUAAAUAGACACCCAGAGAGUUCUUGCAAUAUUGAGACACGCUUAAUGGUGGACUCCCACCUUCUCCUGUCAGGCUAUGGUUUGUCUCCUGUCUUAUUUUAGAGCCUGCCCAAUAUAUUGUGUGUGUGUGCGUGUGCGUGUGCGUGUGCGUGUUUUGUUUGGAUGCACUUUGCAACACAGUUCUGAAUGCUUCUCUUUUCUUAAUUUCACUUUGCCUGCUCACCUCUAUCACAGCUAGUCCUCAUUUCCACCCUGUCAUUUGCUGUGUCCUGAGAAUUCUUCAGGUAGACUCCCUUUUCUCCCUCUGAGGUUUAAAUGAGGACUUUUUU